AAUCCAAUGUAAACACCCUUUUUUAAACCGCUGAAUGAACACCGCCAAUUAUUUUCUAGUUUUCAUUUCUAAUCGAGGAUGUUAUUAUAACAAAUUAAAAGUCCAUAUUUAAUUAUCUGUUUCGUAUUAAAAUUCACACGCCUUCAAUGUCUGGUCAGUAUCCCGGAGGCUACAACAAUCCAGUAGGUCCUCACCGAACUAACUUCGCCAACCAAAUGGUCAACAUGAACCAAAUGGUUCCAAAUCAAAUGGCCAUGAUGGGUGGCUACAACCAAGCUACAAUGAUGCAGCAAUCCCAGCAACAACCCAAUUCAAUGCAAAACCCCGGCAUCGGUGGAAUUAUUCCACCAGUAAUGAAUCCACCAGGAAUGCCAAGUCCUUCCCAUGCCCAACAAGCUGGCAAUUCACUUGUCCAACAGCAAAUGCAUCAACAGCAAAUACAACAACAGCAAAUGCAACAGCAACAAUUGCCCCAAACCCAACAGCAAUCACAGCCCCAACCACAAAAUCCACAACAAGCUCCACAGCUAACUCUACAGACACCAUCCACACCCACAUCUGGGUCAGUAAUGAUGACACAGCCUUCUGCCCAAACACAACCGCAAGUCAGUAAUAUGCAGCCACCUAAAGAAAUAAAUAUUGUUGGGCUUUCUCGUUUGGGACAAGAAACGGUUCAGGACAUAACGUCGCGUUUUCAAGAAAUAUUCGCUGCUCUCAAAAUCAUUCAACCAACGUGUAACCGAGAAAACAACACAGAGAAGAAGGUUCAAGAAUAUUUUCGAACUAUUCGAUUGUUAUUUAAACGAGUUCGAAUUAUUUAUGAAAAGUGCAACGAUGGAUAUCCGCAAGGAAUGGAGUAUACUCACAUUGAGAGUUUGAUUCCAUACAAAGACGAACCAGAUCAUCGGUCUGAACCUACUCAUUGUGAAGAGUAUCGGAAGGCAAUGCAAGAAAAUCGUGAACUAAUAGAGACUGUUAUGCUUAAAAAUAAACAGCUGCGUGAAAUUAUUGAUCGAACGCGAAUUAUAAUAUGGGAGAUCAACACAAUGCUUAGUAUGAGGAGAUCUUAGAUUAUUUUGUUUAUUUUUUUUAUACAUAUAAAUAAAGUAGACAAUUGCUCUGAUUCCUCACAUUCCAUA